AUGGCCAAUAUACCAGCCUUUGGCAUACCGCCAUAUGGCCUAUCUUUUUUUGGGGCAUUCGUUGCUUAUUGGGUUAUUUGGAUCAUCUAUUGUCGCACACUCUAUCCACUUGCACGUGUACCUGUGUACCGCAUGCUCCGAGGCGACCUGGAAGUCGCGCAGAACAAACUUCAUAAGAAAUACAGACCGCUCAUAUGCAUUGCUCCAGAAGAAGUGAGCUGUGCUGAUGCAAGCGUAAUCUCUCUUAUCUACUCUUCGCAUAGUCCUCUGCCAAAGACCGACUGUGAAAAUGCCGAUCUUUUCAGCGAAACGAAUGAGGAGAAACAUACAAAGCGCCGCAAGAUCGUCUCGUCAGCCUAUCAGAUGAGUAGUGUGCUGAGAAACGAACCUGCGAUCGAUGAAUGCAUCACUCUAUUCACGAAGCAAGUACGAGAGCUCGCUGUAAAGAAAGAAGUAAUCAAUCUAGGUGAAUGGAUCAAUUUCUACCCCCACGACGUCCUCGGCCCCGUCCUCUUCAGCCGCCGCUUUGGCUACCUCGAGACGGGCGGCGACGUAGGCUCCUUCCUCAACGCCUUGGACAAAGCCGUGCCCUUCAUCUACGUCAUCGCCGCCGCCUCAAACUACAUACGCAAAGCCCUCAUGUUCCUCUCCAUCUUCAUCCCUGGCACCCUCGGCCACCUCCAGGCAAUCCAAGCCACCACCUACGCCGCAAAGCAGCAAACCCAACUCCGCAUGGAGCGCUCGACCCAGGAAAAGGAUUCACGCCCAGACAUCCUCUCGCAGCUACUCCACAUAUCGAGGAAAUUAAAUCAAAAAAACCAUCUCCCCAGCGCCCCGGUUUCCUACAACGAAACAGUAAAGCAUCUCCCGUAUAUCGGUGCGUGUAUCAAAGAGGCGUUGCGUCUUUUCCCCACUGUGGGCUUUAGCUUGCCUCGUGUCGCGCCGCCGCAGGGUAUCGUGCUCAGGGGCCAGAAUAUCCCCUCGGGCUACGUCGUCGGUGUUAAUCCGCAUACGAUUCAGUUCAACACCGAGGUUUUCGGGGACGAUGCAGAAGAGUUCCGGCCCGAGCGGUGGUUGGAGAGCCAAGCGAGGAAUUUCGAGAUGGAGAAGAAUUUACUGUCGUUUGGGGCGGGGACGAGGACUUGUGUUGGGAAGAAUAUUGCUCUGGCGGAGAUGUACAAGUUCAUUCCAGAGGCGCUGCGGAAUUUUGAUAUAUACAUGGCACAUGAUGGUCCUUUGAAGACGUGGAAUGCGGGCUUCAUAAGGCAGAAUGGUCUUAUCACGCGAAUUGCAGAGCAAGCUUGA